AUGACAAAUCAGACAAAUAAAUCAACCAUCAAUCACCUGGACGAUAUGUCCUUUUCUUCGGUACAAGUCAUCGCUUGGAGCUGUGCUCUUGCGACGGAAGCUGUUGUUAUUGUCGUGGGAAACUUGCUCACAAUUGUACUUUUUGCACUUAACAAGAAGCUACGAUCUAAGAAAAGUUUAUAGCGGGGCUCCCGCGCGCGCGAAGCGCGCGUGGGACAGAGCCCCAUACCCAUGGAAUAUGGUCAACCUCUUUUCGUUUGGUUGUCACGUGAUUGACCGAGCGUACGUACGUACGUACGUACAUACGUACGUACGUACGCGUCUACAGAUUGUAUGGGUGGGGUAGGGGAGACUAUCAAAAGGAAGGGAGGGGUGUCUCAGGCGUGUCUUGGCAAGUCCACAUCUUUAAUAUAGGACAUUAACAAUAUGGUCAAUUGACAGCUGUCCAAACAGGAUAGCCACUGACCAGUAUCCCAUGACCAUAUCGCGGGCUCAUGUGUCAACUCAUCGAGGUGACGUGAUUUAUUUGGAAGCUGUCCGCUGACCAGUUAACUGUUUUACUAGAUCGCGAACAACGUUCAAUCUCAUACUUUUACUAGUUUGGGAGCACAGGAAAACUGAUAAUGCACACAUAUUGGACAUCAAUGUUUUGAUCAAUUGACAGCUGUCAAAACAGAGUACCCGCUGACCAGUAUCACUUGACCGUAUCGCGGGCUCAGGUGUCGACCCGUCGAGGUCAAGUAUUUUUUUUGAAGUUAUCCGCUGACAAGUUAACUAGUUUUCAAGUGAUCGCAGGCUCAAGUUCAAUUUUUUUUUCUUAAUUCAUAUGAAAUAUGUUGUGUUUAUGUGCUGCACAAUUAAAAUUUUGAUUGCAAACUGACCUCGGACGUGAAAAUUCAGCCAGCUGUUACAGGCAGGGAAGACAGUUGCUUUUGUUUUUUCUCACAAUGGUCACGCGUUGGUCACGCUCUACGUCCAAUUUUUAUGCUCUGAUUGGUCAAAAUUUGACAGGUGAGUUCAUGCGCAAAAUUUAUGCAGCAUCUUGAAUCUUGUUUACUUUAACAGCUGAAGCUGACAGAGUUUUGUGUCAACUUGUGAUGUUUUUUAACUGUCUUUUUCCACUGGAUGUACAAAAUGAAAUUCAGCUGCUAUCAGGAGUCUUCUGUUACUCAUGGCUAGUUUGUUUAUUGGGUUUUGGUUGAGAAAACGUCGCUUGUCAAAGUCGGAAAUCCGAUUUCGGAUGGCAUCGUUUUCGUUUUCACCUUGCUUGAUGCGUAAGAGGAUUGCAAAGUCUGAAGCGAUACUGGCUUUACCUGAUAACUUUCAGGAGCUGCAUCUCGAAUGGUAAGCCAGAGAAAUUAUUGUAUUUCAUGUUUGUUUUUUGUAUCUAAUUUAAUGAAGUGGAGCGUAGUUUAUGCGGGAAUUUAGUUUAUGCGCGUUUGUAAGAUUUGAGACAACGAUCUCACCGAGUAUCUGGUUUGAUAUAAUCUUACAGAACUUUAAAAAGCCUUUAGACAGUUUCUCACCGCAAAUAGAAAGAAAAUGUUCCAAAGAAUCUUUAGUUAUAAUUCUAGCCGGAAAAGAAAGCUUUGAGCGAUUUUCUUGCCUCGAGUUCGUCUUUGAAAAAACAAACACCGGGAAGCUGGCUUAAAACAUAAACUUCAGCAAACUUAAACUUGAAGCUUGAAGAUUCAGGAUAUUUAGGGACACUUUAAUACUUGUCUUCCUGAAUGAAAAUUGUUGUCUCUGUUUAUGUUUCUCCGAAUUAUAUUUCUUUUAUUGAUUGUUAGUAGUCUCUCUUGCAAUUUUAAUCGCUAUGCCGAUUGUUUUCAGUCGUUCAGUGAACAUCGCUUGCAGGAGUUCUCAAAAUGCCGCGCGUUAAACCAUCAAAUAAAAAAUAAACAUGAUAAAUUCUUUAUUAUCUUGGAGCGUGACUCUGUUAAUGUUCAUUCAAACACUCGCUACAGCUCGCACUACAAAAGUGAGAACCGGAUGGCCGUAUAGGUGAUUUUGGAAAAUUUUUUUAUCAGUUUAUGAAUAUUGAAUGAGAGCAAUUUGUAUUGUGAAAUACUGCUUUCUGUCCAUGGUAUAAAAGGUUGGUUUACACGCACCCAGAUUUGUUGGCAAGAUUUUGCAAAGUAAACUUGUCGAACGCCAAAACGUUGGCCUGGUUUUUUUUCUAAGCCUAAUUGAUCUACGGUGAUCAAUAGCCAUUACGGCUCUUAAAUGUGAUAAAAGAUGAUUACCAGUUUUUGAGUGUACAUAUGACAGGGGCACCCAACGGAAAUUUUCGGGAAAAUAUCUGUUCGGAAGACGAUUUGAGAUCUAGAAUUUUCGGAGCAUUUGUUGUAUAAUUUCUUGCUUGCCUGCCCCUCCUAGGAUUUUCGAACAUCGACAAAAUGGUAUAAUUACCCAUUUUUAACGGAUUUUAACCCUAAAAAAGGCCACCUAGAAUUUUCGGGAGCCUUUUCCUGGCUGAAGUUUUCGAGAAGGUAAGUUUUUAUCCCUAUAAUUUUCGGAUCACUAGACUUUCAGCUAGGAAAUCCGAACAGAUGAAAAGUUUUUAGGGGAUAAAAAUAUGCCUAUAUCUACCGUUUGAAUACUAAACUACGUUCAACAAUUCUAUGUUAAGUGGUUUUGAACUAUAUCCUCGUUGGGUGCCCCUGAUAUGAGGCUAUCAACUCGAUGUAAGAUUUGGUUCACUCUCGGGCUGUUUGCAAAUUAUUUUUCUCUAAAAUCAGGUAGCCUUUCCCUCAAAAGUCACAUAAAUGUGCUCUAAAGUUAACUGAAUUGUGGAAUUCGAAUACAAGUUUAUUGUUUAAUUUAAAUUAUAAAUUUACUAAUGGGAGCCUCGCUUUUAGUCCUGGCUAAAUCUAUAUAUUAUCUUGUUUUGAAUAUGGCAUUUGCUGAUCUGUUUCUGGGAGGUAUAUCUCUCCCUCAUAUGUUUACUCCCUGGGUCUUGGUCAGGUUAAAUUUGAUGAACAAACUCCAACGCUUUUUACAAUUAUUUUCCUCGUUUUCGCUCAGGCGUCAUUCAUUACCGCUGCUUUGA